AUGCAUCAAAGAGAACAAAGGAUAACUUAGAGGGCUUUUUCUUCUACUUCACCAACUACUCCAACCAUGAGUAAUGCUUAUGCAUCAGCAAUGAAAAAUAUGCAAGAUAAAUUAAAAUAGGAUGGCAUUCGAAAAUCAGUUGAUAUAUCACCAUAAGACAUAAUAAUAGAACAUCUUAAAUAAUAAAUAAGUGAGUUAUCUGGAGAGAAGGAAAGACUUCAAUUUCAAUUGUCCAAAAUCCAAUAGGAGCUUGAAAUGAAUAACAAAGCAUCAUAAUAAAUAGAACAGUUACAAGUAGAACGACUUUAGCAUUUAAAAGAUUAUUAAGAUCGUGUUUCUGAACUAAUAAGAAAGAAUGAAGAACUUAAACAUGAUAAACAUGAGCUUUAAUCGUCGAAUGAGUAUCUUUAACGACAACUAUAUGCAUAUAAAAAUAAUGAAAAGGGUCUUAUACACAAGGCAGAAUUAAAAAAGUUUGAAGAAAAUUCAGCUCUCUUGAAUACUAUUCAGGAUUAUAAAUAGAAGCUGGAAUAUAAAGAUUCAAUGAUAAGUAAUCUAGAAACCCGUAUUGAUUAUUUGGAUAAAGAAUUAUAACGCAUCUAAAAUGAAUAUGAAAAUUAUAAACUCUAGCAUCCCUAAAUUAGGUUGAAUGAUUUCGAAAAACAAAUUAAUAAUUUAAGAUACUAAUUGGAUGAGAAAGAUAGAGUAUAUUAUAAAAGUAUUGACGAAGUUUAAACAAACCGAAUAUGUCGGGAAGAAUAGAUGGCUAAGCGAAUUCAAGAAUUAGUAGUAAAAUCCUUAGAGUAUUAGGAUAUAAUUCAAUAACUAACCUUAGAUUAUAAGGAUUUAAAUAUGAAAUAUUAGUCUAUUCGCAUUAAAUUUGAUUAGGAAGAAAGGAAUUAGAGAUACUUGAAGUAAGAUUUCGAUGAAUCUUAUGUGAAUCAAGGAUAUAAAAAUUAAAAAACUUUGAACAAAUUAAAUUUGGAUUAAAUUCUGCCAGCAUACUUUAGUCCUAGAGUGAAUGAGAAUACUAGAUAGAGUUAAUUGAAAUAAGUGAUUAGAGAUUGUUUAGAGGAUAUGAAAAAUACAGGUUAAAGUCCUGAAAAAAAAAAUGUUGCCAGAAAGAGAUUAACUUCACCAAUAUCACCACAAUAGUAAAAUGAAAUUGAGAUAAAAUUGAAGUUUCUAAAUGAAAGAUAUGAAACACUCAUCCGAUAAGCUUAACAAGAGAACGAUAUGAAAUCUAAAGCAAAUAUAAGAAAACAGCUUCUUGAAAUUGCAGAAUAGAUAAAAGAAGCUACAAAAAUUAACAAAAAUAUCUGA